AUGACAAGUUAAAUUCGAGUUAAACUCGUGAGCAAGCCUCUAAACUCAAAGAAAUAUCAUCUUGCCACCUUCAAUUCUAAGAUAAGUGAUGAUUAUGAACUUCCAAGGCAUAUCUUAGAGGAGGCAACUGAGAGUGAUAUAAAAGAAAGGAAUCAAUAGAGUAGCUUUUAAGAUGCAAACAAUGUCUAAGUCGAAUCACUAAUGGGAAGAAAGAAAAAUGCGAAGCUCAAGUACUUGUAUGAGGAGAUCCCAGACAAUAAUAAAGAACCAAGGAAAUUUUCAGGCUUCCAAGAUGAUGGUUUUAAUGCUAGUUCUGGCGGGAACGCAACAUAUGCAAUAAUGAUAUAUGAUGCUAAGAGGAAUGUAUUUUAAAUCGCUCCACUAGAUAAGCACUAUAAAUUUGAAAGAUAGGUUGAUAAUAGAAGACAAAGAAAUUUAGCCUCAAAUGAAGAGCUUAAGCAAGAUUAGCAAACUGGAGAUGAUGAUAUAUUGAAACAGAAGAUCAAGCAAUCUAGGACUGAGCAUUCUAGGAAGCAACUAUCUAAGAGACUAGCUGAUUUCAAGAAAAAUGCUCAGAUUCAGAGUAAAACUCAAGGGAGAUUGUUUUCAGAUAGUGCGAGAAUCGCUGCACUAAAAAAUAAGGAUUCUGACGAAGUUACAAAGCCCCCCAAAAAGAAAAAGAAGGGUCUUACUGAAAAGGACGUGGACUUUGAGGAGAUCUUUGAUGAUGAUAAUGAAGAAGAUGCUAUUCCUGAGGAUGAUGAUGACAUCGAUGAUGUUGAUGAAAAUCUUUCUGAUGAUGGCAAAAAGGUUCAAGAAGCACUUAAGCAUAAUAGAGAAAAUGAAGACUUUGAAGACAAUCAAGCUUAGAUUAUUCCAACUAGAUUAAACUUGAACUUUUAAAUAGAGGAAGCUGAUUAAAAUGAAAGAGCUCAAGACGAUGAGGACAAGGAAUCGUCUAUAGAUUCAUUGUUUGAGGAGGAUGAUGAUGAUGAUCCAAUUUCAGAUGUUGGAGGAAAGAGAUCAGCCACUUAGUCAUAAAUUAACUAUGAUAAGUAUAACGGACUCAGUGGAAGAAAGAGACCGAAAAACGACUGA